AUGUGGCAGAGCAGCAUCGCAGAAGAACCCAGAGCAUGCGGAACUGGCUUUGCUCCACCUUCACCCAGGCAGAGCCAGUCGCGUGACAAUGCCUUGGGGUUGGCACUCGAAAGAUCUCAGGACCACAUUGAAGCCCUUCAGCGUGAGCGUGAUGAAGCACAGAGGAAAGCUGCAGAGCAAGAGGCCGAGGUCUUGAGGCUGACCAUGUUGGUGGAGAGAUCUGAGGCGCGGAGAUCGGCGAACAUGUUGGCAUCGGCUUGGAGUUUGUCCAAGUUUUUGAGGCGAGAACUGACAGAGGUGCAACGCCUACGGCGUGAGAAUCGUGAGGCAAGGGACCAACUGGUGGCCUUGCGCACUGAGGUGAACCAGACCAGGGGAAACUCUGAGGAAAAGCGCCAGCGCUUCGAACGCAUCAUAUCAGAACAGCGAGAGCAAAUAGAAGCUCUUCAGGAAGCGAAUGGCCUUGCUGAGCGUGAACUCCAGGACCGGGGCACGCAGUCUUCAGACAUGGAGACAGCAUUGUUCUCGUGCUUGCAGGAGCGAACAGCACUGCUUCAGUUCAUGGUUGACUUGCUCUCUGCGCUCCAGACCUUGUUCUACGACCCAACACCUUUUACGCGUUUGCGCUUGAGAUCUCCUUCUCCCACCCCUGGUGGCGCAAACUGUGCUGGACGCAGGCGAGCAGCUUCCAGAGAGACCUGGCACAGGCAUUCCGGAUGCUACGCCUGCGCUUCCAGUGACUGGGUGCCAGCUGCAGGGCAGCCUCUUGACAGAAGCCUCAAAGAUCUCCAGGUCUCGGGAAGUGACGAUCUUAAGGAACUUUGCAGUGCUUUGGAGGGCGAGAUUGCACAGGCCUCGCAAGCAUUCUCUGCACAGGUGCAGCGAGUCUUGGCGGAAGCAGAGCAGAGCGCUCGAGCGGUGAGCACCGUGCACCAACCUGGGCAGCAAAUGCGUGCCUGUGGUGCUUGGGUAGAGCAGGAGAAGCGCCGCAAAGAGAAACAGGGUCUGCCUGCUGAUCGUGCGGUGCCGUCUGUGGACUGGGGUGAGGAGCGUGCCCAGUACCUCACCACCACCCGCGCCAUGGAGACCAAGUUCGCACAGCUCAUCAAGCUGCGGCGCCUCCUACAGGCAAAAUUCAAUGCCGCCCGAAAGAAAGCGCAGACCGGCAAAUACUGAGAGGAGGGAAGGUGAGCUUGGGACGGACAUGGGACGGACAUGGACAGACUUUGAGCUUGUGAAGGUGAGCAGCCAAGAAGAACUAUCCGCGGAGGGCUGCAAGGGAAAUCCACAAGAUCUCUCAAACCAACAGGUGAUUGUGGGUAAGUGGAUGUAAGUGGUAUGAAUGCACAACAAAUGUGUCACUGCCACUGCAGGUAGCGGCUUCCAGAU